GGCCCUCGCCGUUCGCCGUUUAAGCCUGUACGUGGCAGUCAGAGAGCGGUACACAGCAGCUGAGGCUGAUGCGGCUCCUCUCCUGCAACAAUUCACUCUUACAAACGGACAUCCCGCGCUCCUACGGGACAUACUGAAGCAGGGACACUCUUUACACAAUCAGACUCGGUGUGACGCCCGCUGUAAAACAUUUAAAACAUGUUUACCGUGUCGGAGCUGGUUGUCUUGCUGGCCGUCCUGUCCGCCACUGCGUCCGGCUACUUCGUUAGCAUAGACGCCCAUGCCGAGGAGUGCUUCUACGAGCGGGUCAACUCCGGCACAAAGAUGGGCCUCAUGUUUGAGGUUGCCGAAGGAGGCUUCCUGGACAUCGAUGUCGAGAUAACAGGGCCUGAUGGUAAGCAGAUUUACAAAGGCGACAGAGAGUCCAGUGGGAAAUACUCUGUGGCAGCACACAUGGACGGAACCUACAAGUUCUGCUUCAGCAACAAGAUGUCAACCAUGACACCCAAGAUCGUCAUGUUCACCAUCGAUAUUGGAGAGGCCCCUAAAGGCCAAGACAUGGAGACAGAAGCCCACCAAAACAAGCUGGAGGAGAUGAUCAACGAGCUGGCAGUUGCCAUGACGGCUGUAAAGCAUGAGCAGGAGUACAUGGAGGUUCGCGAGAGGAUACACAGAGCAAUCAACGACAACACAAACAGCAGAGUGGUGCUGUGGUCGUUCUUUGAAGCUCUGGUUCUGGUGGCAAUGACACUUGGACAGAUUUACUACCUGAAGAGAUUUUUUGAAGUACGGCGAGUGGUGUAGUGCGAUUAAAUGAUCCCUCUGUGUCCUCCACUGUUUUCUCCAACACCAAGACAGUUAUUUACACUCUGGUAAUGAGACUGGCAGUUUUGAGUAAAGCCUACAUAUGAUUGGAUCUCAGAUGUUUUGUUCUCAUGUUACCUGUUUGGUUCCUUCUCAAAAAUGUCAUUAGUGUUUGUUUGGAACGAAUGGCAAAAAGAUUCUGGGCUAGAUGUCAGUUGUCAUUAGUUUUUUCUUUCUUUUUUUUUUUGUUGAACAGAUUUGUUGUCCAAUAUUGUUUGAUAAUUACAGUUAAGUACCAAUUACUAGCCAGUACAGUUUUGCCUGUGUGAAUGACUGUGAGGCUCAUAAUUUUAAGUAAAGGCAGUCAGAUGAAAAAGAAAUGCACAGAAAUGGAUAGGCAUGUGUGGGGUGACCACAGGAGAAUGUAGCCCUUAUUAAGAUAUAAACGGGACCCUUUUUCCUAUGAUUUUAAAAAUGGCGGGGGAAAAAUACAUUCGUUUUUUGUCUGAGAUGCAGGAGGUUUCGUUUCCAGUGUCUAAGCCAAGUCCAGACAGUGUACUGGCAGAUAUGUGAUAUCUGUACAUUGUGUUAAUGCUCUCAAACAACAAAAUGCACUCCUGAUGAAUACAUCUAAACAUCUGAAGGAUUUACACUGCAGCUGGUCUUUAAGGGAAACUGUACAGCUUCUAGCUCUGUUGAUUCGUAGCGAUCCAUGCCACGGGUGGGGGCUUCAGUGGACAUCUUUUGCAGGGAAACGGUGUGACUCCCUACGUAGUUCAGAAAAUGACAACAGGCGAGUGGUUUCUCUGCCUCAGAGUUCACAAGUUGAUUUAAUUUUCAAACACUUACCUUAAACUUUCACUUAGCAGUAAGAGCUGAGAAAGGGUUGUAUUUUAAACUGAACUACUUGGAGUGCAACUCCAAAGCAAAGUGUAGAGGAAUACUGAAAUACAUGUUACAUGUUGAGGGUGUUUGGGUGGGGGGGGGUCUGACACCUAAUGACUGCUGUGUGCUUUAGUUGCUUCUACUAUAGUUAUUUUGUUGAGGUUGGGGAUUUUAAAUUAUAUGAUUGUAUACAAUUUUGAACUGUUUGUUUUUCCUGGAGCAUAUCCUGUGACAUGCAACUGUUUGGAUGAUGCCUUUCAAAUGACUAUCUUUUUACCUUUUUCUUUCACUAUACAAGGUAAAAACUUAAGUCCAAGGCAGUAGCUUCACAUCUAGCACACAGCUGCAACAUCCUACGUGUUGCGUGUUACUGAAUGUGCUCCAGUUUUGUAUUAAAAACAAUCUUUGGUGAGCUCAGGCAGGUAAACUGCUCUGUACACAGUAUCUUCCUUUUUGUGACUACAACAAAAUCUGAUAAAUGGAUCUGUACAAAUGUAGAAUGGUUGUCUGUGGAAAAUGCCCCAGGUUUCAUAAUAAAUCCAAUAUUCUGUACAAUUA